AUGGGAUUUGUACGAAAUGCUCUUGGUUUAGAACCACCUUCUGCGGAAACUGACCCAACACCAGAGAAUCGAUUCCAUCCUUGGGAUCAAUCGCCUUAUCCACAACUACGAGAGAGAGCUAAUAGGAUCAUGGAGGUUGCCAAAUGUCCCGUAACAGGCAAAAAUAUUCAAUAUGUGUGUCCUUUGUCUGGUAUACCAACUCAUCAUUCUAAAGAAGCAUGGGAGAUGGAUAAAAAUUAUCACGAAAAUAAGAUUUACGAGAAACUAAGGAAAGUAAAUAUAUAUGAACAUGAUUUGAGAAGUGGGAGACCAUUUCCCGAAUUCGAGUUCCCUUUAAGUCAAGGAAGGGACAGGGUCAUCAAUAUGACUAAUUGGGAUUUAUUCUUUUAUACAAGAGGAUUUUAUUCAAUGGAUACAGAGUUUCAAUUGGCUGCAAUGACCAAGAUGCUAAGUUAUCCAUUGACUAUUGCAUCGAUACUAUCUCAGUUUUCCCCGUAUUUCUUAAACCCUAAAGGUCCUAUAACUUUAGAAGGUUUGAAGUCCCUGGCUGCAUUACGUUACACCCUUUAUUCAAACCAAUCUGGUGAUAGUGGAAAUUUGUUGACGAAGGCUAUGGAUUCAAAGAUUGGUAAAGCAGGUAAAGAGGUAGUCGUAAAGAAUAGACCUGUACGGUUGUUCAUUCUCGGAGCAAGAGCAGAAACACAACUUCCUGGUUAUGUAUGGAAGCAAUUGCAAUAUUUAUUCCCUUUACAAUCAUUUGAAAUUUAUUUUAUAGGGCCGGAAUCAUAUUAUGAUAAGCAACAAAACCAGUACGUUAGAAAGCAUGACGGAAAACCAUUUAUAAGGAAAGUUGACGAAACUUUGAAAUUGAUUCAUUACACUGAUUAUUUUAAUGUAUUUCAUAAAAUGGAAGAAUUCUAUCCUUAUGAUCCCUUCUUCGAUUGCUUUUUUACAUUCCAUCCAGGAUAUGCUUCUGAAAGUGUUACAUCAGCUGCUAAGGGUAAAGAAACGUGGAUAGAUAAUGGUACAAUGAAGGCAUUGUUAGAUACUAAGUGUGCUAUUUUCACUACAGGAUUCAAUAAAACAGAUAUUGUAAAUGAUAUGAAUCUUUUACAGAAUAAAUUCAAUUCUGAAAUCGAUGUAUUGAUGAAUCCAAUAGAAAAUAUAUUCAAGAGUACCAAAUGGGAAUUGAAUGAUUUCAACCCACAAGAAGUAUAUCAAUUCAAUAUGUAUGUAGCAGGAUUUAGGGGGAAACGUUACCAUACUACAGAAGGAUCCCGUUCAUAA